GGGAGCCGCGGAGGGAGGAGGGAUGCGGCCGCGCUUCCGGUCUCCAUUUUACGCGGACGACAGCGGGCCGGAGGUCGAGGUGGUGCCGCGGGCGGAGGGGCCCAGCCCGGCCGGGCGCGUUUUGGGCAGGCUUCGUCCGGCGGCAGCGCCCUGGCGGCGGUGUGAGCGGCGGCACGGCGAUGGGCUGCCCCGGCUGCCCCGGGAAGCUCAGCCCCGGCCGCUGAACCCGCCCGAAGCGCCCGCAGGCUCCAGCCGCUUCGUCUCCCACGGCCAGAAGAGAGGGAGGAGCAGGGCCGGGCCGGGCCGGGCGCCUCUGCCAGCAGCAUGGAGCAGAGCGUCGUGGAUCACCCGGUGACCCUCAUCAUCAAGGCCCCCAACCAGAAGUACACCGACCAGACCAUUAACUGCUUUCUGGACUGGACUGUGGGCAAGCUGAAGUCCCACCUCUCUAAAGUCUACCCCAGCAAGCCGUCAACAAAGGAUCAGAGACUGGUGUAUUCUGGCAGACUGCUUCCUGAUCAUCUCCAGCUGAAAGAUGUCCUCAGAAAACAGGAUGAGUAUCAUAUGGUUCAUCUGGUCUGUACCUCUCGGACACCCCCAAGCUCUCCAAAACCCAGCACCAGCAGAGACAGUCCCGGAGCUGCAACCUCCAGCAGUAGCUCAGACCAUUCUGGAUCAGCUGCUGCCUCCCCCCCAAACCAAGAAGCUUCCUCUACCCCUCUGAGCAGUAGUACAGAUGGAGUGAGGCAUCGGAAUCCUCCACAAGCACAAAGCAACCCCAUACCGAGCCACCAGUUCCCUUAUUUAAUGCAAGGCAGUAUAGGGAACCAGUUUCCAGGCCAAGGUGUUCCUGCUGGAUUUUCUGUGUACCCUGCAUUCAGUCCCUUACAGAUGAUCUGGUGGCAACAGGUGUAUGCACGUCAGUACUACAUGCAAUACCAAGCUGCUGUUUCAGCCCAAGUGACUGCCAGCACCGAGCCAGUGAGGUCUGCAGUUGGCCAGGCUGUGAAUUCAGAGCGUGCUCCUGCAAACGAGCCUGCAGCAGCACCCAAUGUAGCUGUGCAGGAGAACAGGCCUGUAAACCCCAAUGUUCAGAUGAAUGCACAGGGUGGCCCAGUAGUGAAUGAAGAGGACUUCAACAGGGACUGGCUGGACUGGAUGUACACCUUCUCCAGGGCUGCAAUCCUCCUCAGCAUUGUGUACUUCUAUUCUUCCUUCAGUCGCUUUGUCAUGGUCAUGGGAGCCAUGCUGCUGGUUUAUUUGCACCAGGCUGGGUGGUUCCCCUUCAGGCAAGAGGGAGGCCAGCAGCAGGCAGCCAACAACGCGGAAGUGAACCACCGGGAUGGGCAACAUGCAAAUAAUGCUGAUCUGGAGGAGAUGGAACGGCUGAUGGACGAAGGGCUUGACGAGGACAGCGGCGAAGAUGCCGGUGACGAUGCCAACACAGAGCAGCAGCCUGGAUUCAUGGCUUCUGCUUGGUCCUUUAUCACAACCUUCUUCACCUCCCUCAUCCCUGAAGGGCCUCCACAGGUUGGCAACUGAAGCGGGAGAGGAGCUGUGGCGGCAGGCAGCCUCGGCAGCCAG